AUGUCUUCUUUCACUUCUUCCAAGGGUCCUGUCAUUGAAAGCUUCCGAUAUCAUGAUGAAGAGUUUAAUCCGGACCAUCUUCCAUUCGACAAGAUCGACAUGCCGGCCCUCAGAGAGUGGGCCAAGGCGGUCGUCAGCGGACAAGGCAUAUCUCUCUACUUCCUUAUUCACAUUAACCCACAAGAGACCGAGGAGACGACCAAACACUACUGGAUAUUUGUGAUGGCAAACGUGAUGCACGAGAGGUUCGUCCCUUUUAAGGAGGGCGAGCUGUGGGCAAAGGCCUUUGACGUGACCGAGACGUAUCAGCGAGGUUUCCGUGGUGUGACGCAGGAGGGGGCGAAGGUGGAUUACAUCAACGCGGUAGAGUUCUCUCAGUUCCAGAUGGGCCGUCUGUACCAGGCUUCGGACGAAGCUGCGAGAAGCGGAAAUCUGAGACGACUGGAGACGCUUGUGUUGGAGAUGUGUCAGCCAGAUGCGGAAUGCCUAGGAUUCAUGUAG